AUGCGGUGCGCGAAUCAGGCCGCCGAGAGCGCGUCCGCACGUCUCUGUGCGGACGCCGAAGCAGAAACCGCAGCAACUGAUGUCUCAUCGGUUGCUGAAGCGACUCAGCCUGUGUCACCUGGUGAUGCAGGCGCUCGUCAUGAAGACACUCAUGUCUUCACAGAGUAUGAGCUCGGUGUCUCAUACUCUCUUGAUACGGAAGACGGAUCCGUAUCGACGGCGAUCGAAUCCAAGCCGCCUGCUAAGCGUGGUAUGGAUGAUGCUAUGCGUCGUAGCAUCUUUGGUUCAUCUGAUGAAUCAGAUGAACCAUAG